UCCUCCAGAUGUUGUACACCAAAACUCCUGUCUGAGAUAUUGUAUAAAUAGAAAGAGUUACAGCAUUCACCAAACUCCACCAGAUAUUGUACAACAAAACUCCUUUCUGAUGUAUUGUACAAACUAGCAGAGAACGACUCCUAAAAUGGCAAGGAAGCAGACCCUGGUGCUGGUGAUGAUUGUGAUUAUUAACUGCGACGCCCGUUUACAAGACAGCUACUCAAAGUUACAAUAUGGAUACAGACUGGAUAGAAAGACAAUAACCUCUUUUGUGGAGUUCACUAUUUUAGACUGUGCUGAGGAGUGUUUGAGAACAACACGAUGUAAAUCCGUUAGUUAUUACAAAGGAGUCAAUUUCUGUGAAAUAAACUAUGAGAACAAAUCUUCAGCCAGUGACAGGUUUGUGGAAAGUCCGGGGUGGAUCUACAGUGAAAAGGAAGAUUGGGAUAUUGGUAUGGUGUCUUCUUGUUCGGUAUCAAAUUGUUCCAUCAAUGAAAAAUGCAAACCCUUACCAAUGGGCAGGUUUGAAUGUGUUUUAUCAGAUUGCGGCAUUCCAUCCCAGAAAGGAGUGAAUCUGAGCAGCGUCGGCAGAUGGAAUGGAAUUGGAAUUCAAAGAUUCAUGACACUUGACUGUUACCAAAAUUACAUUCAGUCUGGUUCACGGAUGUUUGUUUGCGCACCAAACGGACAGUGGAAAACGAACUUUAAAUGUGAGCGACAUAAGAGCUGUAUGGAGAUUUUACAAAGUGACCCAGGCGUGGAAGGAAAAGAUGGGGUGUAUUCGAUAGAUGUUAAUGAUCAGGAAAAGAAAGUGUACUGUGACAUGACUACAGAUGGAGGGGGCUGGACGAUUAUCCAAAAACGACAAGAUGGCUCUACAGACUUUUAUAAAACAUGGGCAGAUUACAAGAAAGGAUUCGGAGACCCAUCCAAAAACUACUGGCUUGGAAACGAUGCAAUUUACUAUUUAACAAAGACAAUUCAGGAACUACGAGUAGAGCUGUUGAGUUUUGCUGACGAGAAAGCGUACGCCCUGUACUCCACAUUUCAAAUUGGAGACGAGAGCAGUAAAUACCAGCUUACAGUAUCAGAUUAUUCAGGAACGGCGGGAGACAGUUUGUGGGUGCACAAUGGACAUAAGUUCAGUACACAUGAUGAGGAUAACGACGUUCACAGUAAUAACUGUGCGGUAAUCAGACACGGAGCCUGGUGGUACAAGGGAUGUGCUUACUCCAACCUGAACGGUCAGUACGCCGGGUCCGCUGUGUCUGGUGGAAAAUACCCGUACUGGUAUGGUUGGAAAUCUCGUACAGCAUUAAAGGGGACAUCAAUGCAGAUUAGACCCAAGAAUUAACAUCAAUAACUAAAUCAUGUCAUUGAUAUCUGCAUUGAUCAGUCGACUGAACCAUGUUCUGGAUAUUCUAAUUUUACAACAGAGAGAAUAGUAACGGACGGUUCAUAAAUAUGAUUGAAAUUAUCGGACAUUUUAACAAUUUUAACAACAUAAUUGUUUCUUGAGUAGUAAACAGUAGCACUUUGUGUAGAAUGAUUGUAUUCCAUUUACUUGUGAAAAUAAUCGAUUAUUAAAUCCUGACAAAUGAUCAACAUAUUGUAUGUUCUACAUGAUCUUUAUUACGUUUGAUAUCUGGUGUUUUAUCUCUCAACUGAUUCGAUACGCAAGGGCUUGUUCUCCUUAUGAUCUGUUUUUCAAUCGAGACAGAGCACUGACAAACACGAUGAUGUCACAGGGAUUUCUAGAAUCUCGUUUAAAGUCAGUAUUUUCCAAAUUCUAUGGUCGUUACAAUGAUCUAGUUUGCCCGUAUAACCUAUCAUUGAGUCAAAUGCUGUUUGAAGUGCUUUCCACCGAUUGUUGGGCCGUUCUUGGGACACUGAUUUUGACUUCGGAUUACUCCGUUUACCGGACAUAGAUUUCGCGGCUGGUGUUACCGGUCGACAGGGGAUGCUUACUCCUCCUAGGCACCUCAUUCCACUUCUGGUAUAUCCAGGGGUCCGUGUUUGAUCAACUCUUUAUUUUAUAUUUCUUGUGAGAUUGAUCAAUUUUCGUUAUCUUUGCCUUUAAUCAGCACAUGAAUGUUUAUGACACAUAUGUAUAUGGUUAAUUGGCAUGAUAAAUGCUUGUACAUAUUGUAAAAAAUGUCUAUCUUUGAAUAGUUUCUUAAAUAAAAUGUUUGUAUACCAGAAAAUGUUAUCAUUAAAAAGACAUCUUAUAAAAUGUAAUCAUCAUAAAUACAUCUUAUUUUGAUAAGUAAAUAAUCAUCUUAAAAACAUAUUAUUUUGAUAAGUAAAUAAUCAUCAUAAAGACUCCAUAUUUUGAUACAUACACCUAUUUCCUACACAGAUAAACUACGGUAACCCGAAUUAUGUAAAGUUAUUAAUAUGACGCUUCGUACAUCUGUUAAUUUUUGUCAAUAUACGGAUGUUAAUUUUUUUUUGGAGGAAUGGGUGGAGGUAGGAGCAUUUGAUACCAAGAUAUUAUUUCUCUCAAUUGGGUCGAGUGAUCAUAUCGGUCUCGUAUUCCGUAACAUUGAUGUUUCCAAUGAUUUUGCCUUUGACAUCUUUACAAAUUGUUGUAGUAGUCAUCUAUAAAUGAGUGGUCUUCAGUGGUCUUCAGUCCGCGGAUGAACAAUCCGCGGAUGAAUCUUAAUAUAAUUAUAUAGUACGUCUAUCGUAACGGAUGCAAGAUUUUCUAUGAUGGAAAAUGUAUUAAUUGUGGACAACUUUUAUCUGAUAUUCAUUUAUUAUUGCAGGGCAAUGUCUCUCUUUCUGAAGAGGGAAAUGUAAAGCUUUUUGUUAAUUUUUAGAAAUGUGAAGCUUUUUGUUAAUUUUUAGAAACAUGAAACUUUUUGUUAGUUUUUAGAAACAUGAAGCUUUUUGUUAGUUUUUAGAAAUGCAUAUUACGUGAUACUGGUCGUUUUAAUCAUAAUUUAGCUCCAAGUUAAUAUUCAAUCAUGCAAUUGUAAUAAUGUAAGCGAUAGACAUUAUGAUGGUACCAUUCAUUCUCUGUCUUUUGGCACACUUAUGAAUAUCUAAAUAUUCACGUCAAUACAUUGUUUAGCGUAUGUAAUUGUAUGACAUGUAUUUCUUAAAUAAAUCGUUUCCGCACAAUUUCAA